AUGGAUCCUUUCAACAAGCUACCUUCGGAGCUCCGUGUGCAGAUCCUGAUUUCUCUUCGCAGCAGGCGCUCCGUAUUGCGGUUCGCCCAGGCAUCGCCCGCUAUGCUUCACCAGUACCUCAUGUCUAAAGCAUACAUUGCACGUAUGUUGGUUGCCCUGGACUUCGACGAUGACAUGAUACAGGACGCCAUGGGGAUCAUUCUACUUCCUUCACCUGAUAACCGCGGUCAAUACUCGAAAACACUUCGCCGUCAUUAUGCCCGCUGGUCAGAAAACCGGCUCCCGAAUCCUCUCAAGACGCGUGAUGGCAGCCUCAUUGACGAAGUCCACAGACUACAAGCUCGACUAUUGCUAUUCAUUGAGGACUAUCUUACCAAGGCCACAGCUAUCUUUCCGCCACGAGAGUAUGUCUGCCUUCCCGACCUAUCGCCAAAAGGAACUCACUUGAGGUUCAAAGACAAAGCUGUCAGCCCCAGAUUCAACGCUACCCAGCUUACCGAUGCGGAAAGGAAGCGGCUCCUAACAGCAUUUCUACGAUAUGAGAUGAUGUGUGCGAUCCGCCAUCCAAUAACCGGGUUUGUGACUGGAGGAGAUUUAAUGCCAUCAUAUAAGUACAAAGGCCAGAGACUUGGGCCCUUGGAAAGAGAGACCAUUCGUUGCGUCCACCAAUACGUCAAGUCCCUCUACGCGGCUAUGUUUGCGCAGUGCAGUGAUUCAUGGCUGCCAGACAUACCAGUGAGCUCUCCCUAUUCUUACAGCACUGGAUUACUAUACCCGGAUACCCUCUACGUCAACGCGUGCGCCUACGCCUCGGAUAUGGGUUUGAAAUCUGUUGAGGCUUUGCAUCCAAUCCCGGUUGAAGGUGCAGGCUUUGACGUUGCUACAGUCCUGGUAAGGUCUGCCACAGCGGGUCAAGAUGGGCGGGAUCGCCUCCGGUGCUGGUUCAAAAACUUUUUUCAUGAUAGGAGGAUGAGUUUUCAGCCAUCCAACCCUUCGCUCCAUCAUAUGUAUGGUGAUUUUGAAAGCGGGGAGGCAAUGGAUGUACCCCACGAAGAGGGCUCGGGAAUGUACCAGAUGCUUUGUUCCAGUGUUACAGCCGACCUUUCUCUGCACUCGGAUAUAUACCGACAAAGGGCAUGGGCGUUCUUUGACAACAACCGAUUCUACCCUUCGUCAGGCACAGCACCACACUUCCCAGAUCGUAUGGAUAUGGGAGAAAAGUGGGGAUCUACAGAAAACGACGUGGAAUGGUUCUCUGAUCCCAAGCAUGUCCGAGCUAGGCAUCGGUCACAGAAAUGGCACGACGAACUACUUGGUAAGUCUUGUGGUGACGAAGAGGUCAAGGAAUUCCAGGACACAGUCGAAACUGUGCUACCUGCUACAUCAGAAAGGUAUUGGUUUCGAAGAUUACCUCGGUUCUGGCGUUAA